CUUUGUAGAGCUCGCUAAGGACUGCAGCCAACCAUCCACUGCCUUUUAUUCAACAUUAUAUUUUCCUGAAGCCAGCAAGAUUGCCCAUGACCCAACAAAUGUAUCAAGACUUUUCCCUCAUGUGUACCUGCAAUAUCGUGUUCCAACUGCCACCACCCCUCCUUUCCUCGGAAACCCUAUUGAACCCACCUACGAGCUAUCAUCAUGUCUUCAAAUGACCAAAGCACAAAACCUCCACACGACCCUGCCACCCCCAAAAGUGAGCCCACAAAUCCCCCACCAAAGCAAGGCAACGAUGUAGACGCUAUUAUGCCCAUCCCCCCAAUCGAGUACGCUCUGCCCCCAACCCACGAUGCCGCCGCCAAAACCGAACGACCAACCUCACCAACCCCUCACUCAACCCGCUCAAAGUCCCUGGAUGCAGCUUCCUUCUCAUCCUCGUACGUCGCGAAUCUGGUCCGAGAGUACCCGCCGAUCCCCCCCACGCCUUCGGUCCCUUGGAACGAGGUUCUCUACCGCCACCACCAGCAGCAGCAGCAACAGCAUCAGCAGCCGCUGGGUGGGUUCGACUCCGGAGCCGUCACGCCGACGGAUAGUAUCGCGUUUGCUCCUGGUGGUGCUGCGUUUGUGCGCGAGGAGAAGUGGUUCGCGUCGAGGCGGAUCAAGCCUGGGGUGCAGGCGAAGCGGCCGUGGCUUGAGAAGAGGGAUCCUAAGGAGAAGUGGUUGUUGAGUAUUCCAUUGUUGGGUAUCGUUAUUGGACUUCUGGUCGCUGGGUUUCUCGUCUGGGAUGGAUACCACAGCGUCACAAACUACAAGUACUGCAGCGUCCUAGACGAAGAUUUUUCCCAAGGCCUACGUCCCGAGAUUUGGACUCGCGAGAUCGAGCUCGGAGGGUACGGCAACGGCCAAUUCGAGCAAACCACCUCCUCCCCAGAAAACGCAUACGUCCACAACGGAAUCCUGCACAUCAAACCAACCCUACAAAACGCGUCUCUCGUCGAAACCCACGGAACUCUCCUCGACCUCCGCACCCAAGGCUGCACCUCCCCACACCACCACGACUGCGUAGCCAUGACCAACACCACAAACGGCACCAUCGUCCCGCCGGUGCUCUCCGCCCGCCUCAACACCCGGCACGCAGCCUCCAUCCUCUUCGGGCGCGUCGAGGUCGAGGCGAAGCUGCCCAAGGGCGAUUGGCUGUGGCCCGCGAUAUGGAUGCUUCCGCGGGACGAGGCGUACGGGGCGUGGCCGCGGUCCGGGGAGAUUGACAUUGCGAAGGCGAGGGGCAACAACUACUCGUAUGCGCAGGGCGGCAACAACAUUGUCAGCAGCACGCUGCAUCUGGGGCCGAACCGCGCCAACGACGCGUGGUGGAGGAACAAUGUCAAGCGCAAAGCCGCACAUACGACGUUCAGCGACGAGUUUAAUACGUUUGGCGUCGAGUGGACCCAAGACUACAUCUUCACAUACAUAAACUCCCGCCUCAUCCAAAUCCUCUACCACCCGCUGACAACCCCCUUCUACGACUCCUCGCAUUUUCCCUUGACAACCACAAACGGCACCCGCCUCACCAACCCGUGGGCGUCGGCCCGCAACCAGAACCAAGCCCCCUUCGACCGCGCCUUCUACCUCGUGCUCAACGUCGGCGUCGGCGGCACCGACGGGUGGUUUGAAGACGGCAAGGCGGGGAAGCCGUGGGUCGAUGCGAGUUUGACUGCGAAGCGGGAUUUUUGGCGCGCGAGGGGGGAGUGGGAGGGCGGGUGGAAGGAGGGCGGCGAGAUGCUGGUUAGGAGGGUUAGGAUGUGGCAGCAGGCUGGGUUUGCGGGGUGUAGGGAGGAGGAUGGGGUUGAGGUUUUUUGAG